UGUGCGACUCAUUUUAGCUCGAGACAGUGAAGUGAUAAAUUGUUGAUGCAGCAUUUAAGAUUAUUUUUAACCAACUGACACAGUUCAGCUAAAAGACAUUCUCUAUUCGUUUGUUUACGAUUAAUUACUACACACAAACAGGAUAUGGAACUUUAUAGAUUGGUCUUUGAUUGUUUAACAUUAAUUGCAUUUUCUAAGGUUUUUGUGAAUUCUAAUGAAUGCAAUGACAACUUAGCAGCAACAGCAAAAAAAGUGAAAUCAUGUCCACAAAACCACAAGGAAUGGAUCAAAGCAGCUGCAAGGAAAGGCUGUGAAAAAAUGGCACACUCUUGUUUAUCUUUUGAAUACCACUGCGUAAUUAAUGCAUGGGGAAAUGAAACAAUUGAAGUAUGUGCUCCCAAACUGCGAAUUGUUGGAAAUAAUUGUGCUGAAUAUAGCCAAGGCGGGAAAAGAAUUCAACGCAACGGAAUUGUACAAUGCAAAAACUGCCCGUCUUUUUACUUUUCUAAUGAAAGUUUCAAAUAUCAAGAAUGUUAUGAGCACGUCAAAAAUGCAAAAACAGCACAUACAACACAACUGACAACCGAAUCGAUAUCAGUGAAAUCAACAGAAGAAAAUGUUUACCAAUCUACAUCAAUAACUCCUAUGGAGAAUUCAGCACGACUAGUUCAAAAUAUUGAUAACCAAAAUACAAUGAGUCAUAUGUAA